ACCAGCCAGGGCUUGCGCUUACAUUUGUAAACAUACCAACUGUUUUUCAAACACAUUUUAAAGUGGGAUUAACUUAAAUGAAGAGGAAUAGCCAUUAACACUUGUGUAAACUAUCAUAUUUAAGCGCUCAUAAUAACAAUUAUGUGUGUGAGUUUUUGUUACGCAGAGUGCAGCUGUGCUGGGAAAGCAUGUAGCAACGUCAUCGAAAAUGACAGGAAGUGUAGAUCAGCUAGCGGUCAGCUGACAGAGCGACGACGUUUGCUGUAGCGACGGUCAAAGAUGGCCUACCCAAAAUCCCACAACCCCUUUGCAGAUGAUGAUGAUGAGGAAGAUUUUAAGCCUAAUAAAAAUAGGGGUUUUGACGAUGACCCCAGUGAAAGUGGGAUGACUGAAGCAGAGAGGAGGCAGCGAUACCUCCAACAGGAGGUGAUGCGCACAGCUAAGUCUGCUGUGGACAGCAGUUACCGUUCCAUCGGCCUCAUCUAUGAAUCAGAGAAGAUGGGUGUAGAAACUGCCGAGGAACUGGUACGGCAGGGCGAGGUUCUAAAGAGGACCGACAAGAUGUUGGACAACAUGGAUCAGGAUCUGAAGACCAGCCAGAAGCAUAUUAACAGUAUCAAGAGUGUCUGGGGCGGACUUGUCAAUUACUUCAAAGGCAAACCAGAGACGAAGCCAGAACCUGAGCAGCCGACCAGUGCCUACACAGGCAAUGAGAGGCAUGUGGACGUAUUGCAGAGUGCCUUGUCCACCAGCAGAGAAAAUGAAGAUAAGUACCAAGCAAGCCACCCCAACCUGAGAAAGUUGGACACAGGAGGUUUUGGAGCUACUGCGUCAAUGGAUGACAGUUCAUCCAGACAGAAUGGAUACCCUCAAAACAGACACCUCAAGGAGGCUCACCAGACUCUUGACAAUAAUUUGGAUGAGAUGUGUGAUGGCUUAAAAAGAUUGAAGAAUCUUGGACUUGGGCUCCAGUCUGAGAUUGAGGUCCAGGACGAUUCAAUCGAUUCUCUUCUCAAUAAAGUGGACAAAAUGGACCUGAAGAUCGACAACACAAACCAACAGAUCAAAAAGCUCAAAUAGGCCUCAUGCUAGGACUCGUCUUAUCUGAGACUAAAACCUCCAACAGGUCAUCCUCACUUGAUUCUCCACGCUGGCCUUCUUCAACCCCCAAAUAAUUACAUUUUCUGAGCCUCUCUUUUGUUGAUUGUUUGUUUUCUCUUUAUUAAAAAGAUUUGCUAUUGAAUUGAUCUUAUUUGGUAUUGAUUAUGUAAGUGGACAAAACUGGAUGUUAUCUUUAUGUUUCUUUGUUUGGCUUUUCUGUGGAAUGCGCCUGAUCCAUUUGUCAGGUCUGCCUGGGGUUGCCAAACAUCUCACUACAAAUGUAUCUAAACACAACAAAAGCAUCCAACCUCACUCUGCUCAUGUUUGCCUUACAUGUAAUAUCUAUGCGCAGUAGAGUAGAACACUCUCUGUGACUGUGCUAUGUUGAUUCUGUCUCCACUCGUAUGUCUCAGCCUGAGAUGGUUCACCUUUUUCAUAUUUUUCCCUCUGUACUUACUCUAGCUUCACAUAAAUGUGUCGGUGAUCAGACCACUCCUCCAGUACUGAAUGAGACUUUAUGAAUUAUUGUACACUAUGAAGAAUUUCAACAUGAAAGAAUUUUGUCACUACUGCAAUGAUAUUGUCAGGUUUUUUUUAAACAAGGUUACAUUUACCAGUAGACAAGCCACUUUUACAUUUUUGAGAGAAAAAAAUGACAAAACUGUAUAUUUACACCAUGUAAUGUAUUGUAAUCAAACCCACAUGCCUAAUAAAAACUUUUAGUAGUG